UAGGAACGAAAUGAUCGAAGGGAAGAAAUAGAUCAAAAUGGAAAAUCGAGAUCAAACCACGCUGUGCAAUGAAUCAAAAAGUCAUCUCCAGGAAGCUGCCAAACAUUUCGUUGCUGAAAACAACGGAGAUCAUUUUUUGAUUUCUGCCCAGGAGUGUUUAGAAAACGGACAUCAAGAAGCUUUACUUGAGGUCCUUCGAGAUCCUGAUAAUGCAGAGCUGUUAGGUUUUGUUGGCUGGGAUUUGGCUAAAAUGGUAUUCCAGUUCCUACCAGAUAAUUGUAGAAAGUUAGAGAAUUCCGACACUCAUAAAACAUUACUUUAUUUCAUCUGUAAUUCGUGCAAUCCAAGAGAGAUUUGUCUUAGUCUAAAUGAGAUAUUGAGUCAGGAAUUACAUUGGGAAAAGCUUGUAAUGUUAUCGAAUCUAUUGUCGAUAACAUGCAGCAGACUUAAAGGAAAAGUUGCGAAUAUAUUACUGAGUAUAUUUAGAUCAAUUCAAAAAUGUUUAAGAAACAGGAAUGAUGUGGUGGAACAAGAAGCAAUCUUGGAAAAUACGCUGGAAUUUGUUAGUACACUUUUUAAAAAAAUCCCAAACAAAUUUGAAGAGUUGUCUGAUGAUGCAAAACUACUAAAAGACGGGCUUCUUUCGUUCUUGAUAUCUUUAUUAGAACACCCAUUUGCUUUGCUUGAGUUCAAUGUAAGCUCUGAAAACAAAGAGGAACAUUUUACGAAAAAUGAGACGUUCGCAAUAACCAUUCUAAAGUUUCUUGGAAUUUUAGAAAAUGGUUCUCUGAAACGAUUGUUCGAAUAUGGUUUGCACCAUGAAAGUAAAGCUCAAACAGACGUAGAAUCUUCCGAUGAUGAUGUAGAUGGCCUCUCCUUUCUUGGCAUCGGUUGUCUUUCGUUUUUAACCCACGUUCAAGGAAUCGGGGCAGAAUUUGUUCCAGUUGUGACAACAGGCAAAUACUCUUUGGAUACGAACAUGAUCUACAUCAACGCGUUGCUUUGUUUUAACGAUGCUAAAGUUAUCUCCAAAGGGCUUCGUCUGUUAAUAGCCAUUUCAAAUUUGAUAGUAACCAAUACCUUAGAUCACUGCUACAUUGAUAAUAGAGAAUUCUUGGCGUUGUUUACCAAUAUGAGAAAUCUUAUGAUACACUCAGAGGAUCUCGAAAUUCGACAGGAGUCUGCAAAAGGAUUCAGGAACAUUUUAAAUCUUCUUAACCCCAGAGGAAGGUACAGACUUCUACGAACUUUACACCAAGGUGAGAUCCAGUCUGGUUUUGCUGAACUUCUUAUCCUUAUCCUCAAGGACGAAAUCGCAAGAUCUCUAUCAAACAGCGUUGGCGAUUCGUGGUUCCUCGGAGGCUACUUAGAAUCGUUUCUUCUGGAAAACAUAUUCAAGAUACCAUCUAAAGCUUUGCAGUCCGAAUUUGGUGUGAUUGAACAUUGCAACGGCCUCUUGUCCGGCUUAAAUUUACUUCGAUUUCUGCUCAUCAGAGAUGACGAGAAUAAAACGACAAUCCAUACAAUCUUUCCUAAGUUAGAAGACUCCUAUCUGAAGCAGCUGAGAAAUAUCGUUGAAUUAAGCAGAGCGAAAAUCGGUGUUUUAAUUCAAGAAAAACAACAAGAGAGGAAGAAGGGAGUUGCAGCUCAGAAAACAGCUACUGACGAAACAACGUUCAACGUGACUACGCCAGACGGGAGUAAACUCGAACAAGGUUCAUUGCAAGAGCAGUUGGAAAUGUUGGAAUCUGCGUGUCUGACGUUGGAUAUGAUCGAAUCGGUUUUAGCAAGAAUUGGAGAAAUAUAUGACGAUAAACGAACAAAGAUGUAAUAACAUUUAUAAAUUU